CGCUGGUGUGGACAACAAACCUCUCACAAAGUUUCCCGCCAAAUAAACCUUCAUCGCUUGUUCUCUCUCAUCGUUCCCGCCAUUUAGUGCCUUUCCUCUCGAGGUAGUGAUCCAGUGCGUCACAGUAUCACAGAUAUUUCACAAAACCCCUAGCUUCCCCAUCAGAGAAGCUGCGAAGGACAGGAGGCCGUCGCUGCUCCAAGGUAGCUCGGAUCCUCCAAUCCAAUUGAUUGUUCGAGCGAAGAGCUCCAUUUAGGAAAUCCUUGAAUCGAAUCGGCACCACCGCACCUUCAGAUUCCAUCACCUGCCAGGGUCAGUUGGGUCGAGAGAGAACAUUGCAAGUCAGAAGUCAGAACAGUCGAAUAGAGUUCUCUCAUUUUUUUUCUCAGUCCUCUGUCCCACCAUUGAAGCUGUUAGGUAUUAGGGCUUGGAAUCUGUUCCGCCAUUGGAGAUUAAGCCAUAAGUUUCCUCUCUCAGUUCUCUGUUCCACUGGUCACCAAAUCGAGGGCAGGGUAGAAAGCUGUUAGGGUUUCAACGCCGCUGUUUUGCCAUUGUAGGUCGAAAUUCUUUCUCAGUUCUCUCAACUCUCUGUCUGUUCCGCCAUUGAAGCAAGUUUCUUCUCUUAGCUUCAACGCCGCUGUUUCUCGUCGUGCCACUAUUUUCAUCGCCCCUGUUUCUCAGAGUUCUCAAGUCGAGUGUAGAUCGAAGCUUUGGAUAGGUAAAUUUCGUCGUGAAGAUCUGAAAAGGCUCUUUGCAGUGCUGAGUUUGGAAAUGGCCAAAGGAGAAAAUGGAAGAGAUAAUAUGCAAAUUGAUGGACAUGAGCCUAGACAAGCAAAUGCUGUAUAUGAAGAAUUUAAUGCCAAUUAUCUUAAAGCUUAUUAUGGAAAGCUGUUUCCACAUGCUGAGAUGUUCAAAUGGAUGUCGUAUGGAAAUGAUGGAAAGCAUCCAGCUUGUGACCACUCCUACUUUGGCCGAAGGGAGUUUUCGUUCACUCUGGAUAAUGAUAUAUAUCUGCGGUUCCAGUCUUUCAAUAAUGCAACUGAAUUGGAAAAUUCCAUCAAAGAGAAAUGCCCUGUUAAAAUUGAUAUCGGGCCAGUGUACAGUGUAGAUCCUGCUAAGAGGCAUGCCUAUGCACAAUCUGGUGAUAAUGUUUUUACUCCAGUGGAGAGGGAGCUUGUUUUUGAUAUUGAUAUGACGGACUAUGAUGAUGUUCGAUAUUGUUGCUCAGGAGCUGAUGUUUGCUUGGACUGCUGGCCGUUGAUGACUGCUGCUAUUAAAGUGAUUGAUAUUGCACUUAGAGAUGACUUUGGUUUCAAUCACAUUCUUUGGGUAUAUAGUGGCCGGCGUGGUGUUCACUGUUGGGUUUGCGAUGGGAGAGCAAGAAGGUUGACCAAUGAACAGAGGGCAGCAAUUGCUGACUAUUUCCGAGUAUACAAGGGCAAUGACAAUAGCCAGAAGAAAGUAUCUCUAAUGGGUCCUGUUCUUCAUCCUUUUCUUGCAAGGUCAUAUACAGAAGUCCUAAGGGCAUUCUUUGAAGAGAAAAUACUUUCUGGUCAAAAGUUGUUUGCAACUGCAGAGAGGUUUGAGAAGAUCCUAGAAACGAUUCCUGAUGAAUCUAUUGCUUCUGAGCUUCGGGGCAAGUGGAUGGAAAGCCGAAGGUCUUCCAUUGCUAAAGAAGACAUUAAUGUUAUUCGAUGGGAGCAACUUAAACAUCUAUUGCAAUCCGGAAAACAUAAGGCACAGGGACUACGUAGAUGUGUGGAAGAAAUAGUUUUCUCUUAUACAUACCCCAGGCUUGAUAUGGAGGUUUCAAAGCACAUGAAUCAUUUGCUUAAGGCUCCAUUCUGCGUCCACCCGAAAACAGGUCGUGUUUGUGUUCCUAUUGAUCCUGAACACUGUGAAGAAUUUGAUCCUACAGGUGUACCAACCCUUUCUUCGCUUUUGGAUGAACUAAACAGUGGAGGUCAGGGAGCCGAAAUUGACAAUGAACUUGAUAGGACCUCACUUGGCAAGUCGGUCAGAUUUUUCAGAUCAUCUUUCUUGCAACCCCUGCUGAAAUCUUGCAAGGAGGAUAUGGAAAGCUCAUACAACAGAAAGCUUCAACAAUCUAAGAACUCGUUAAAUUGGUAAUACUUGCCAAGUAUCUGUCUCAGAAAGCUUACAUAGAAUAAACAUUUGGAGCUCUGCAACAUCAGAGAUAUUGUUAAUGUUGCAUCAGAAGUGCUUUUUAUUUAGUGCUGAAAGGAAUAUGUAAUGUAUUUAUUCUCCUUAGUAAUGUAAGGAAAGAAACUUUAGUUUCUUCCCUAUUGCCUCAGAAUUCAGAAAUACUACAUAUACUACUAGGUCUUGUUCAAUAGAAGGAACAAGUUAAUGUUUGUUCUUAAAUCUCAAUGAGUCAAUUACUUAA